AGCAUGAAAUCUGCCUGGUCCUGAGCCAAACACCCCAAGCCAUGUUUUCCAGCCCACGUUACUCAAGCCCAGCAGCGGAACAGCACUGCCAUCACCCCUUCCCCACAAAUGAAGCAUUUUGAGGAGAAUCCAUGAUGUUUAAGGCUGGUGCUUGGGGACCAGAAGAAACAGGAGUGCAAACCGUUCCCUAUACUUAAUGAGGAGCAGAGGGAAGCUGUGACCCCUCCAGCUGGGAGAGAGCUUCACCUCGGGGGUGUGAAUUAGCUGGAGUGUUAAUUGGGAGCAGCUGGAUUGGAACCACACCCCACCCUUUGGGAAGUGAGAUAAAAGCACAGGGCUGGGGGCAAAGGCUUUGUGCUCUCUUCUGUUUUGGUGCUGCUGGGUAAGGGUUGCUGAGGGUUCAAGUCUUGCCUGGUGAGGCUGUCUGAGAGAAGGUGGAGGUUUUGGGUAGAGAAUAAGGUAAUGUCUGAGCCUAAGGCUGGUUGCAGCUCAGCUCCACACCAGGAUUCUUCCUGGCUCCUCCUGGGGGAUGCUGAGCCUUGCCAUGAGCAUUGCUGAGCUGGAGAAGCUGUUUGGUGCUGCUGGAGGCUGGGGAGCUGUCUUGACAAGGGACCUCCUGUCCCUAGCGUGUGGGGUGCUCUGAGGAUGGGCUGGUCCCUGGGGUGGGAGGAGAGCUUGGAGGAACCCAAUCUGAACCUGUGCUGUACCUCUCCACAGCUGGGCUCUCCCCAUGGCCUCUCCCAAGCAGAGCCGGGGGGUAGGACCACCAGACCCCAUGGACAUCGCUGCCUUACAGCCACAACCAGUGCUCCAUGGUGAGAGGGAAGGGGCUGUGGCCCUGGGUCCUGCUGCCCCGGUGGCUGCUGCUGCCAGCAGGCUGUGGUCCAAAGCCUUCUUGGUGUUGGCCAUCUGCAUCUCUGCCGCUGCUCUCCUGUGCAGCCUGGGGUCUCUGGCUGCUCCGUCCGGAGCUCCUCCAGCUUCCCUGCCUCCUUCCCGCACUUGGCUGGGUUUGCAAUCCUCCCAGGGAGGGGCAAGGGAUGAUUUGAUGGCAACACAUGGGAAUCUGCUUGAGUACCAGUAUGGGAUGAUGGGCUCUGCGCGCACCCCAGGCUCCUUCUCAGAGGAUGAAGAUGUGAUCCCUGGUAACGAUGCCAAAGGACAGAGUUCAGGAAUACCAACCACAACAGCUCAGACCUCACGACAGGGGCAGCCUGGAUCUGGACGUGGGUUGGGCACAGUAGUGGCUGUGACCCUCUCGCCAGCCCCGUGGCUUGGCACAAGGGUGCCUGCUACCUCAGCUCAGCUUCUCCAGACUGUGGGUGACUCCAGAUCCUCCCAGCAUCACCUUGGUCUGGGAAGCCUCCCUGGUAUAGGACCAGGCUCGCAUAAAGCAGUGCAGGUGCCUGCAGUGACCCUGGCCCGUGGCCUUGAGCAGCCGGCGGAUGCUGCAGAGCCCAGGAGUGCAGGGUGGGGGGCUGAGGGCACCCGGGCUGAGCCAGCUGCCUGGGUCCCUGCCACCCCCCCAGCACGGUGGCAGCUUCCCUCUCUGCCCACAGCUGCCUCUGGCCCCUUGCUCGAGGUCGUGGCCACCCAGCGGGUCUCACUUGACGAGGUUGCUGUGGACACUCCUGUCCCACCUCGUGCUCCAACACCUGCAGAGGUAAUGUGGACACCGAUGGGUACUCCCUCCCAGAGCCACAGCACAGUGGACCAACCCGGAGGUGACCAGAUGUUGGCUCUUGAGGCAUCCUCUGACCGUCGGAUCACGGACUGCAGUGCAGUUCUCAGCCCAGCGGUGAGCUCUAAGCCUUCUGCUGUGGUCCCAGCCAGCAACCUGCCUGCUCAGCCCAGAGCUGUGACAGCAGCGCAGACCCCUGGCAGCACAUCUGCAUCUGAUCCGUCUACAGCCAGUGACUUCUCUGAUGUCCAGCACAGAGCUUCGACCGCUGGAGCCACAACGAGAAGCUGCAAUGGGCAGAAGGAAGCGGCAAGACCAAGCCCUGGCCCAUCUGGAGAUGAGGACCACACUCCUUCUCCUCACUUGGUGUCCCUUGUUGGGGUGCCCUCGGCUCUGCCAUCAGAACGAACAUCCAGCCUGACCCAAACACAACCUGGUGCUGGGUGUGCACCCUCUGCUGUGACCCCCGAGAUGCUCUGGAACACACGGCCUGCUGACACCUUCCUGUACAGCAAAGAUGCUCUGCUGGUGGACACAGUCUUGACCAAGGACCUGGGAAAUGGGUCUGGACUUCUGGCUGCUGCCUUGGCAUCUCCUCCUCCUGCUUCUGCAUCAACUCAUGGUGUCAAUCAUCUACAAGAGCUGCCUCCCUUCCUUCCUGCAGCAGAAUCUGAGGAACCUGCUGUCACUUCACAGAAGUUAAGUGACCUCUCUUCUCCUCAAACAGAGCAAACUCUGACACCCAGCAAAGCUCACCCCUCUGCUGUUCCAACCAGGGCUCCCAACACUGCAGGUCCUGCUGUGACAGAGGUGAGCUCACCAGCCCCUGCUGCCAUUCCAGAGCAUGGAAUGAUCCAAGCUCCCUGCAAGAACGGAGCUGCUACAGUGGCUUCCCCUUCUCUAAGAGCUGCAGGUGUGACACAUGCCUUUCUCCUGGGGUCAUCAACCCAGAGGCCAUCUCUGCAUCCAAAUCCCUUCCUCACAACACCAUCUGAGGAUCGACCCACUGUGGGACAACACCAGGCUGUGAGUGUGCUGCCUGGACAGGUGGCAAUGGAAGAAGAAGCUGGGAACAGCGAGCCCAGGACAGCAUCAGCAGGAUCCACUGCUACUCCAGCAGGACCUCCAGGGCCCACCCAUGCUAGUCCAGUCUCUGUGCCUCCUCACAGUUCCAAGAACUGUGCUCCAGAGCUUUGCUCUGAGGCUGUGCACCGUACAAACUUGCCGUCUCCAUCCUACCUGCUGACUUCCACUGGAGCUGUGCCCACAGCCAGCUCCUCGCCCAGCGAUCGGCCCCUGACUGCACCAGCAGGGGAGACGCCUAAUGCUCAGUCCACAUCAGGUCACUCUGUCACCUCCCAGCAUCCCUCCACUGCUGGAGAGCAUCUCCCCACAGCUGCAGCAGAGACCUUCACCCUAGGAGAGUUGAUGACGAUGGGCAACCCUGGGUCCCCAGGAAUGAAGCCCACUGGGCUUCCCACUCUCGCACAUCCUCUCCCGGCGUGGGUGCUGCCCUUGCAGUUCCGGCUCUUGGGCAUCGCUUACACCAAGGCUCUGAGCUGCAAGUCUUCAGGGAGCUACAGGGAACUGGAAGAAGAAGUGAUGAUGAUGCUAAACCAAACACUGUCCACCUAUGAGACCUUUCUGCAGGCAAAGGUCCUGGAGUUUAUGAAUGGCUCGGUGGUCGUGCGAGGGGAGGUUCUCUUCCAGAGGGACGUUCCUGCUCCCACCAACUCCCACCUCAUCCGGACAGUCAUCACAGAGGCGAGUAGGGGAAACAGCACCUUCAGCUGGCAACUGGAGCCACGAUCUGUCCAGUCCAGUGGUUUCAGUCUGGAGAACCUGGACCCAGAGAAGUUGUCCAUCUCUCUCACUGCCUUCCAGCUCGGGAGAAGCGGGACAGAUUCCCUGCAGAGGCUGAUCAGUGAGGUGGUUCAACUUCUCAGUGCCCUCUACCACGUGAGGAACUUCACUAUUGCCCGGCUCAGAAACAUCAAUGGGAACGUAGAGAUCACUGGAGACAUCUACCUUGACACAGUCAUCCAUGCUGAUGUAGAAGAGGUUCUGCAAGCCUUGACAGCUCUUGCAAACUUCUCUGUGGACCUGACCUCCCUCUCAGUGGAGGGAGCCAGGCUUCACCUGCAGGUAUACCCACUCUCCUUCCUCAUCGUGAACAGACACUUCAGCGAGGACCUUCUGGAUCCACUCACAAUACAGCACCAGGAGCUCACCAGAGACCUUGGUCAUGCGGUAGGCAUGGCUGGUGGGAGGGGCAGGGGCCCUCCAGAGGUGCUGAGGACCACUGAGGGAAGAGGGACUGCUUUGGGGUUGUCCUAAGCAGGCCCUCAACUCUGGUGCCAUGGCUGAUAACGUGCUGAAGGCAGACACUGAGGAAGUUCUCUCUCUGCUAAUACUGCUCUGGUGGUUCAGGCCAUCACAACACCUCCAGGCACAUAGAGAUGCUGCAGGACCACAGCCACUCUGUGUCCUUGCUGCAGUGGCUGUCUCAGCUCUAUCAGGGCUGUGGAAGUGGUGGUCUAGUGGGCGAAACGCCCCACAGGCAGGUGGGAAGCUGAGCAAAACCUCUCUUCCAGGUGGUGAGAGCCCUGAGGGACCACGGGACCUUCCUGCAAGUGGUGAUAAGAGGAUUCUUGUGAGUAGAGGUAGAGGGUUUGCCUGGGCAGGAGGGAGGAGCCAGGUGUGCAUGGAUCCAGGGAGGUCAGUCGGCCAACAGAUCAUGGUUGUCUGGUGUAUCAUCUUGGCCACAGAAGGAUUUGCAGCAGGCAGCUGAGGCCAAGCCCUUACCCACUGUCUCAGAAGUGACUUGCUGGGCCCCCAGGGAUGUCCCUUCCACCCCAAAGAGCAGAUGUAAAACUAGUGCCUCCCUGAGUGCAGAGACAACCUCCUAGCAUGUGGCUGUGGGAUCACAGUGGGAUUUGCAGCUGCUGGAGCUCUUCCCAACCCUGUCCACAGGCCUGGCUCCUUGAUCUGCCAUGGGGAUGUGGUCUUCCAGCACCCUGCUCCAACCAGCUUGGAAGUUUUGGAGGCACUCGUGCUCUCAGUUGGGCCAAACAAGGCUUUGGCCGGCUCAGACUUCCAGGUGGACCCAUACUCUCUUGCUGUGGGAGGUAAGCUUCCCUUUGGGCUGCGGGAACAUGAGCUUCACCGGCAUGUGUCUCCAUGCUUGCAGUGUGAUCCAUAACCAACUCUAUCCAGAUCUCUCGUGCAAAGGGAGGUGAGGUGUCUUGGCUGGUGAGGUGACCAGCUUGCAAUGGUCGAUCUGAAGGCUCGCUCCAUUCUAGUAACAAACAUUCCUUAUCCCUCUGCACAGUACUUUGGGGUUUGGAGCUGGAGAGACCCAUCUGCUGCAGGCUGGCAGAGGGCAGGAGGAGAGUAUUGUCUUAUUGUCUGGAAAGGGCAUGGAAUGGUGUCAAAUACAUGGUACUGGCAUCCUACAUGCUGCUUGCUGUGUCCCAAAGGAAGGUGGGUGGCUGCUCCAGUGUCCUGGAGGCUCUGCUAACCCCUGUGUUCCACUCCAGAGGACACCCUGGAGCCGCCCCUGCCUGAACCAGGCUUUCCAGAGUAUGGUGUGGCCAUCAUGGUUGUGUGUGGUCUCUGCAUCAUCACUGUUCCCAUCAUCUUGCUGGUGGUAAGGGAGAUGUCUGUCUGUCUGUCUGCUGGGUGGGCAGAAACAAGCUGGGGCUGUGGUUCCUGUGUGGGGGAACAGCAUGGGGUCAGGCAUUGCUACAGCCUGCAUGCUCUCCUUCGUAGUAUCUGAGAACCAAGAGGCUUGGCUGGCAGGACAUGGCAGUCCUCUGGGACAGAAGAGACCCUGAAGUGGGGACUCAGACCCUGGAAAUGACUAACCAAGGCUUCUGGGAGUCGUCUGAACAGGCAAGUGGCUUCUACAGCCCCUUGAACUAGGUUUCCAUGCCUCAAAGCUGGACCUUUCAAGCACAGCUGCUGUUUCGGAGGGUCACAGGUCCCUGUUCUACCUGGUGAUGGUCCUGGGCAAUGCCAGGAGUUGGAGAAAGCCCUGGAGGGAAAGAGGCCUCACCCCUUGCUGGAAGUGGGCACGGCGACCUUUCCCCCUCUCACCUGCAGGGCACUGAGGAUGCUCAUAGAUACUGGGAAAAUGCCUCUACGUGUUGAGGGAAGAUGCAGCUGAUGGAGGAAGGGAGCCUGAAGAGGGGCUGUGGGGGGAGAGAUGCUGAGAAGGUGUUCAUCCAGCUGCAGCUGCCAAAUGCUCCCUGAGAAGGAUGCAGAUAUAUAAAGGAAUAACUUUGUAUGUUGAACUUGAAUAAACUAUGUCUAGAAUGUCAAACCUAGCUCUGAACAGUCUCUGCUUCUGCUGUCUGGGUGGUGGUGAGUUUUGCUCUGGGCUUCCCAUCCAUUCAGGUUAAGGUCCUAGUAGUGAGAGCUGCACUGGGCAGGUGCCAGGCAAUGUGUGGCUUAUGCUUUACACCCAGGCUUGGUGAGAGCUGCAAGCUCUUCCUCUCCAGAACCGGCUUUCAGCAGCCCAAGCUGUGGGCUACUGGUCUACCUGGCAUCAUUAGGCUAAGCUUGGCCUUCUCCAGCUCUUGACUAACUCUGUGCUAGUGCUAGGGAGAAAAGAGGCCAAGGAAGUGCAUCCCUCUUUGGGCUGGGCUGAGGGAAUCGAGCUCCCUGGGUAAGCAGCCCAUCCUGCCAUUGAUCUGGGUGCUUCCUCUGACCCCAACAGGCGAAGCACCCUAAGACGGGGCUGUUAUUGCUGCCCACUUAACCAGCAGACAAAGCUUUUCUACUAAAAGUUGGUGUCUUUUCCUUCUCGCUGCAUGCUAAGUCCUUGGUGUGAGGGCCUGGGUUCUGCAUGGAGGCAGAAAGCAGGGUGUACGUAAAGGCUCU